AUGGAGUGCAACAAGGAUGAGGCCCUCAGAGCAAAGGACAUUGCAGAGAAGAAGUUCGCAUCGAUGGACCUACAGGGGGCCAAGAGAUUCGCCCUCAAGGCACAGUCUCUCUUCCCCACACUUGAGGGAAUUGCUCAGCUGAUCACUACCUUGCAUAUAUAUCUUGCUUCGGCAGUGAAGAUUGCUGGUGAGAAGGAUUGGUACUCUAUCCUAUCCGUUCAAAUGUCGGUGGAUGAUGAGACUCUGAGAAAACAGUAUAGGAAGCUGGUUCUUCAGCUCCACCCCGACAAGAAUAAGUCUGUUGGUGCUGAUGAUGCUUUUGUGAUGGUACAAGAGGCCUGGAAUGUGCUAUCUGACAAACAAAAAAGAGCAUUAUAUGACCAAAGGAGGAAAGCAAAGGUAUUCCAAGAGCAGACAUCUCAGUCAAGAAAAACUAGUGCUUCUCCUGGUGCAGCCAGUGCCUCCAAUAACUUUGCAGCCAAUGCUUCUGCAUCCAAUGUGGGAUCAAGCAAGCAAACGGUAGGAUCAGCAACAUCUGCAGUGCACCAGAGUCGACCUUGGCCCACACCACUUCACCGUUCGGCUCGGGCUCCAGCUGCACUGUCAACAAAGGAUUUUACAUUUUGGACUUCAUGUGACAAAUGCCACAUGCAGUAUGAAUUCCCAAGAGAAUAUCUGAAUCUGAAUCUACGCUGCCCCGGAUGCUAUCUGCCGUUCAUAGCAAUAGAGACACCAAGCACAAUGGGUAAACACAUGUCAGAGGAUUUUAUUAUUGGAAGAGGUAGUGUUCCUUCUAGAAAGAAGAUGAAAACUAUGGGUAAAGAUGCUAGAGUUGGUUCAUCAUCCUUUCCAUCAAGUCUAGGAGCCAGUUCUUUUAGAGUGCCAGGUGGAAGCAUGCCUAUUUCUACCAACAGGAGCGCCUAUGAGUUCCAAGCUGGUGUUCAUGAUGUGCCAAAUCGGGAACCCAGAGCACCUAAUCACAUCAGGUUAAAGAAAUUCUUCAAUGACGACGAUAGGCGGAGUAUUUUGCGAGAAAAAGGGAAGGCUCAUAUAAGGAACAAGCUAAAUGAGAUAAAAAGUAAGCCAUCAGGUCACAAAACACUGGAGGCGUUUUAAGAGCAGAAUGAUUAUAAGAUGGUUUUGAUGAUCUGCCUUUUCUGAAUCAACCAUGCAAACAACAUUUUAUUCCCAUUUGUGUUUCUACAUUUUUCUUUUUUAUAAUGCUUUUGAAUG